GACUUCAAAGCAGGAGAAAGUUCAAAGCUGCUUUGCAUUUUAUCAACACAGAGAGACAGGAGAGCAAUGCAUCCAAAGGGAAUAUUCCGAUUUAAUAGUCCAUGAAAAAAUAAUUCUGCAGUAAACAACUUUCUACAAAUUACAAGGGUUAUUUUUAACCAUCCCUUCUGACUUACAAGAGAACGGAAAAUGACAACACAAGUUACCGUAGCAAGAGCAGGUACAAUUGGACAUGAGGAAUACAGCCUCUACAGCAGCAUGAGUGAGGAGGAACUUAUUCAGAUGGCCAUUGAGCAGAGUUUGACAGAAGACCCUGCUGAACAAAUAGCUGCGCAGAAGACAGUUACUGCGGCACCACCACCCUGUGAACCUUACUGUCAGAACUUCUACCUUUAUCCUUGGGAAAGGCGUGCUACACAGUCCGGAGGCCAGACUUCAGCAUCCGGUUCAGGAGUCAGGCGGAGGUACGAUGGCAGCUUCUUCAUCUUACCCCAGGCUGAAGUGCUGGAUCCUGUAGUGUUGGUGAUCAAGGAAGGAGACGAAACCGCACUGCAGAACAUGAUACAGGCAGGAAAAAACCUUGCACAGCCUAACAAAGAUGGAUGGUUGCCACUCCACGAAGCUGCUUAUUAUGGACAAGAGGGCUGCUUGAAACUUCUGCAUAGAGCUUUCCCUGGGACAAUUGAUCAACGUACACUUCAGGAAGAAACAGCACUCUAUUUAGCAACAAACAGAGGGAAUAUUGAUUGUAUGCGUUCAUUGCUUCAGGCUGGAGCAGAACCUGAUAUUGCUAAUAAAGCCAGGGAGACCCCACUUUAUAAGGCUUGUGAACGCAAAAAUUCUGAAGCCGUGCAGGUAUUAUUGCAGUACAAUGCUGAUGUGAACCAUCGCUGCAAUCGUGGAUGGACGGCUCUUCAUGAAGCUGUUGCUCGAAAUGAUUUAGAAAUUAUAGAACUUUUACUUCAAGGAGGUGCCAAGGUUGAAUCUACAAACUGUUAUGGAAUUACCUCUUUAUUUGUAGCAGCUGAGAGUGGCCACUUAGAAGCCUUGAGAUUCCUGGCAAAAUGUGGUGCUGAUAUCAAUACCCAAGCUAGUGACAAAGCUUCAGCUCUCUAUGAAGCUUCAAAAAAUGGACAUGAGAAGAUUGUGGAAUUUCUCUUGUCUCAAGGAGCUGAUGCUAACAAAACCAAUAAGGAUGGGUUCUUACCAAUUCAUGUAGCCUCCAAAAAAGGCUAUUAUGAGAUUGUGAAAAUGCUACUCCCAGUAACAAGUCGUACUCGCAUCAAGCGUAGUGGCAUAAGCCCUCUUCAUUUGGCAGCUGAGCGCAACCAUGAUGAUGUCUUGGAAGAGCUAAUUGAUGCUGGCUUUGAUGUAAAUGCCACCCUUUCUUUUGAGCGUUCCCGACUCUAUGAGGAUAGGCGCACCAGCGUCCUCUAUUUUGCAGUCUUCAACAACAAUGUAUAUAGCACUGAGCUGUUGCUUGAGGCUGGCGCUGAUCCUAAUGUUGACCUUAUCAAUCCAUUGCUCAUCUCUAUCCGCCAUGGCUGUUUGAAGACAAUGAAACUGCUUCUUGAUUAUGGAGCUAACAUUAAUGCCUACAUUGCCUCUCACCCGACAACUUUCCCUGCUACAGUAAUGUUUUCAAUGAAGUAUCUUGUCCUGCUGAAAUAUUUGAUGGACAUGGGCUGUGAUGCCAACUCUUGCUUUACAUGUUCUUAUGGGUGUGGCCCACAUCCUCCUAUUGAAGUUAGGAGGGACAGAUAUAAUGAUCCUGUAGUGAAUAACGCUAACAAAAUUGUACAGUUUUGUGAAAUGGUUUCAACCCCAGAGAUGAGUCGUUGGGCAGGCCCUAUCAUAGAUGUUCUUUUGGAUUAUGUGGGCAAUGUGCAACUUUGUUCCCGGUUGAAGGAACAAAUUGACAGUUAUGAAGAUUGGUCCAACAUUAAAGUCAAAGCAGAGCCACCAAGGCCACUUGCACACCUUUGUCGAAUCAAAAUUCGAAUUGUGAUUGAAAAAAACCGUCUUUCACUUAUUGACACUUUACCUUUGCCAAGAAGACUAAUUCGCUAUUUACAAUAUGAUUCUACCCAGUGAUCUCAGGUGAACCUGACAGUCAACCAUUAUACGGAGUGAUAAUCAUAUGUAUUAUAGAGCGAGCUGCCUUGAUGGAAACAGACUGAUAUGAUGGAACAGAAAACUUGUUUUGGUAUAUAAGAAGAAAAAUAAGGAUUCCUGCAAGUUAAAUCUCAGAACAAAUGCAACAGCAUUUAGAGUAUGAGAAAGAGCUGAAAAAAUGAGAAUAAAGCACUCAGCAAAUAGUGAAAGGGAUAUUAUGCUAUCUUGCAAGGAAAAACACUCUCAGUAGCUCAAUAUUUAGUAUAAAAUGCAGGCAGGGUAAAAUGUAGAUUGUAAUCUACCAAUAAAUCUCCAGGUGAUCUGCAUGUCACCAAGAACUUCCAAGUCUCCCUGGUUUAACAAUGGUGACAGAAAACCUUUUCCCUCCUUCAUUAAACUGCUAAAAUAAAUGGAAGAAAAUAGGAGGAUUUUAUGAUAUGAAAGAACAUAAGCACAAACUCCAGUUCUAAUACCAAAAAGAAAUUCCUGAUCUGGGCAUGUGUCCAGUAGUUCUAAAUCUGCCUUCUUAAGCUGUUGUUUUGUACUUGAUUCUGGUUGAUGGACCUCACAAUUCUAGUGAAAAAUAAAUACACAUUGAAAGCCUAAAUUGUUUAUAACCAGAUAUAAGGAAGAGGUAAAAAAGUUGUAUCUCUCCAUAUAGGCAAUGAAUUAUGCAGAUGAUCACACAGAAAUCAUUCAUAGUGACAUCAAUCAAUUCUUUUUUGGUUGCAGCAAUUAUAAAUAUUGCUGCCAAUUGUAUAAUAUAUUGGAUUUUGUAUCUGUUGACGUAAUUGUUAACAGGCAUUAACAAGUUAACUCAUUCAUAUGGAUAACAAAUGUAUUUUGUGAAUAGUCAUGUUGGAAAACCAUCUUGAUGCAAUGCAAAGAUAAAAAGAAGUCCAAUAAUGGUUAGAUCAGCAUAAUAUUUCAGUUUUGGGGUUGUAUUUUAUUUUACUUCAGUUUGCUGAAUUGCCCUGUUCAGCUGUUCUAUUCUAUAUCAUUAUAGGGUCAUGUUUUCCCAUCUAAUUUAACAUAUAUUCACCUUUUAUUCUUAUUUAUAAAAACAUUUAACAUUAUUUUCUUGUUCCUGGUAAAGCAAUUUUGCAAAUACUAGACUUCAAGAAAUGAAAGAUAUUGAAGAAUUUAACUUACAGGAAAUAAGAACAGAACAUUUAACUCAGAUGUAUAGAUCUGUAUCAUAUUAUAUAGAUACCGGUAUAUGUACAUACAUUAGUUAUGAGGAUUAAUGUCACUGAAACUCAUGGUAUUUAACAUUAUUUUAGCAGCAUUGAAGGGGACAGUAGAUUCAAAUCCUAUGUUGUUUCAGAAAGACUUCAGGAGAAAAUUCUUGAUCUGCUAUUGAUGAAAAACAAUAGUGAGUUGCAUCAUUGAGAAGUUAGGUUAAUUUCAGAAUAAAUAAUGUAGCUUAACACGGUUAUGAAUUGAGAAUCCUAUUGCUUAAUUAGAUUAUGUCUAAUAACUUAGGCUUUCAUUAGAAUAGUCUUAAUGACCAAUGAUCUGUAUGUAAGCAAUGACUUAGCAGCACUAUAGUUUUUUAAAUAAAACUCUGGUUUGGUGGCCUUGUAUACUUUUAGGGAAAUAAUUUAGUGGCAUUGAGUUAUUAGAAGAAAAAUGUAUCCUCAUGGAUGUUGUAUUGUAGAUACCUUAAAUUGACAUCCUCUUAACACUUAAUACUUCCAUGAGAAAGUAUUCAUCUUUCUUAUUCAGAUCAUCUUUAUGGGUCUCUGAAGUAUAUAUAAAAAGUGCUUCAAUUGAUAUAAUUUAUGUUUGCUGUGUAAGUGUAAGAAGCUUAACGAUACUGCAUCUAAGUUAAUUCAAACAGAUUUAAGCAAGUUCAUUGUAUGCAUUUCAAGAGUGCUUUGCAGAAAUGUCUGAAAUAAACUGUAGGACACCUUGAAGAUAUAUAUAACUGGCUUAAUAUUCACAAUAUUGCAAUUCUGUAAACAACUUU